UUUGAGGAACUCUUCAUUUCAAUCAUCUUUCAUCGAAUCCAAAUUCUUAUAUGUCUCAUCCAGGGCUGGGCAAAGGGUAAGGUAUACCCGGGGUAACUAGGCUAAACCCGGCCGAAAAAUCACUCUGCUGAAGCUUUGUAGGGUAGGAUAACUAUUUUAUAAAAUGGUUCGGAUGUUAUGAUAUCUGUGGGUAUAAAUCAUAUAAGGUGAUGUAAUGAUAAAUAUUAUAUUAUAAAUAUAACUAUGAUAUUAUAUGAUAUUCAAAUCAUAUGAUAUUAAUACCUGAAGAAUCAAGAAGCAAUGGUGUAGUUGAUUCUGGAGAAUUCUGGGAACGACAAUAUAAAAGGCAAUGCAUUGUUAAUAUGAAAUGGAUACUGAAAUCGGGAUUUUAAAGGAAAAACCAUCGUUUAUCAAAAGGACGCUCAAACAACUCUAAUAGAUGGCUCAGUUGAGGUUGAAGUUCCGGCUGGUCCUGACCCUGCCCCCUCAGAGCCUCGACUCGUCCAACCUUUGGAUCAUCCGACAGAGAAGAGGAAAAUUAGCGAAGUGGAUACAAUUCCUGACGAAAACAAUUGGAUGGGAACUGAUGUGUUGUCUUUGAAGUAUAGUCAAGAUCAUGUAAUGAUUGUCUCGUAUUGUAACUAAAAAGUCUCAGGCUCUUGCGGUUCUGUAGCAAAUCGUUCCGUCACUUAUACAUUAUUCUGCAGUAUAUCGGAUUUCUGAGGACCGUCAAUCUCUUCAACUCAACCCCACUCCUGAUACAUGCAGAAAGCUCUUAGAAUUGAGCUGGAAAGCAUUGUCUAACUGCAUUUUCAGAUACACCGAUAUCAAAGGAGCAAACUACCAUAGCAAUGAAACUAAGUGUUUGAUGUUUCUUGCGAACAAGAUCAUCGGGACUGUCUAGACUUGUGUCGAAAUUUCCGUUGAGCAUUAUGGAACUAUCGCUGGAACAGAGUUGGUGAUUGAGGCUAUCCUUACACAUUCUUUAUGCUCUUUCUUUCAUCAAGGCUUAACUGACUUGCUUAAUUUGUGCGCUGGAAGUGAUGAAGUUAUGAUGAUUGGUUUCAUUACCAAGCUAUUUAUUGGAAUUGUUCGAAGCAUCGAUUGGCAGCCAAGGAAUGAAUUACAUACGCACAUCUUCGACGGUAUAUUAGCAGUUAUCCUUCAUCAUGUUGGCAAACUUAUAUCCAAUCUGAUCUUCGGCGAAGAUGUUAGAGCUCCCCAAAAUCCCGGUAACAUCAGCUCUGGACAAACCUUUCAUCAACCAUCUACGACGGAGCUCUGAAGAUCAAAGUAUCUUAUUCCAAUUCUCGCUGCUGCGGUCAAUAUUCAGGAGGAAAAGUGGAUGAAUUGUGAAGACGAAGAACUUUAAGGAAGGCUCGAAGAAAGAUUCAAAACACCUUCAAAAAUUGUAUAAUCGGAACAAGUCUAAAUGGCUUACUUGCACCAGAAAAGGCUGAGGGAAGACUACUUGAUAUUCCUAAAUUGAAAGAUUUGGAACUAUAUGGUAGAGAGUGGACGAUCCAAUGUAUGUUUACUAUGGUGGGAGUGGAGGAUAAUGAUGAUGUUGAUGGGGGAAGCGAAAUGUUGAUAAAUUGAGAUUUAAGAGCUGGAUAUGUUUUGAUGUAAGAUUACAUGAGUA